CUCGGGCUUGUGCGGAGUGUGGCUAGGAAGUGUGUGCUUGUCACUGAACCCUGAGUGGGUCCUGUAACCUUUGCCUUCCACUGGGUGGAGCAGGUCCUUUAAGAGCAACUGGAAUGCAGUUCCCCUGAUCAGCUUAGCCAGUUAUUCAAAACCUCUGCUAGCCCUAGAGAGCAGUGCUCACUUCAGACCAACCAGCCUCCUGUGCUUCUAGCUUGAGCAAGAAGUUUCCAGCGGGGAAGUAAGUUUCUAGCUGCCCAGCCAUGGGAGAGGACGCUGCACAGGCAGAAAAGUUCCAGCAUCCAAACACAGACAUGCUCCAGGAGAAGCCAUCCAGCCCCAGCCCAAUGCCUUCCUCCACACCGAGCCCCAGCCUGAACCUGGGGUCCACAGAGGAGGCCAUCCGAGACAACUCGCAGGUGAAUGCUGUCACCGUGCACACACUCCUGGAUAAAUUGGUCAACAUGCUGGACGCCGUGAGGGAGAACCAGCACAACAUGGAACAGCGUCAGAUCAACCUGGAGGGCUCGGUGAAGGGCAUCCAGAACGACCUCACCAAGCUCUCCAAGUACCAGGCCUCCACCAGCAACACAGUGAGCAAGCUGCUAGAGAAGUCUCGCAAGGUCAGCGCUCACACGCGGGCUGUCCGGGAGCGCCUCGAGAGGCAGUGUGUCCAGGUGAAGAGACUGGAGAACAACCACGCCCAACUCCUCCGACGCAACCACUUCAAAGUGCUCAUCUUCCAGGAAGAAAGUGAGAUCCCUGCCAGUGUGUUUGUGAAGGAGCCAGUUCCCAGCGCUGCAGAAGGCAAGGAGGAGCUUGCUGAUGAGAACAAGUCCCUGGAGGAAACUCUGCACAACGUGGACCUCUCCUCUGAUGACGAAUUGCCCCGUGAUGAGGAAGCCCUGGAAGAUAGUGCAGAAGAGAAGAUGGAAGAAAGCAGGGCAGAAAAAAUAAAAAGAUCCAGCCUCAAGAAAGUCGAUAGCCUCAAGAAAGCGUUUUCUCGUCAGAACAUCGAGAAAAAGAUGAACAAGCUGGGAACCAAGAUCGUAUCUGUUGAGAGGAGAGAAAAGAUUAAGAAAUCGCUCACACCCAACCACCAGAAAGCAUCUUCUGGGAAAAGCUCCCCCUUCAAGGUUUCUCCCCUCUCCUUUGGUCGUAAGAAAGUCCGAGAGGGAGAAAGCUCUGUAGAAAAUGAGACCAAGUUGGAAGACCAGAUGCAGGAGGACCGCGAGGAGGGUUCGUUCACAGAGGGUCUUUCUGAAGCAUCCCUCCCCAGUGGCCUGAUGGAGGGCAGCGCAGAAGAUGCUGAGAAAUCAGCAAGGAGAGGGAACAACUCAGCCGUGGGCAGUAAUGCGGAUCUGACCAUUGAGGAAGAUGAAGAAGAGGAGCCGGUAGCCCUGCAGCAGGCCCAGCAGGUGCGCUAUGAGAGUGGCUACAUGCUCAACUCCGAGGAGAUGGAGGAACCCAGUGAGAAACAGGUCCAGCCAGCUGUGCUGCAUGUGGAUCAGACUGCCUGAGUGCACAGCCAGAACACUGGGCCAGUGCAUCCACCUCGUGGAAGCCACCCCGCACCUCUUCAUCUCUACCUGCUCCCUACUGUGACUGUCCAGGCCUUAAUCACUGACCGUACAGUAGCCUCAAUGGGAUCACAGAAACAAACUGCCAGGAAUCCCAUUUCUAAUUUGCUCAUAGGUUCUAUUUCUGUAGAGUUUCUCCAAGAUUGCAAAAAGAAAGAAAUGGAGCAGUUAAAAAAAAAAUCAACUAUCUCUUUGGCUUAGUCAGAAAAACUGGAGGAUAUUUAAGUUAGUAGUUAUAAAAAGUGAUUUUUUUUUUGGUCAUUCUAUCAGCUUGCUGAAUAGUGUAGCAGUAAUGUAGUGAAUUCUUACUGUAUUCUGUGAAUGAUUAUUCUUCAAGUAUGUGAUAUGGAAUAUACAUAAGUCUGUAAGCUGAGAAUAUAACUCUUUAUUUUAAGAAGAAAACAUUUACAAAAGAUAAAGCUGAAGGACCAGCUGGUUAUUCUCUUAUAGAAACCAUUGUUUGUUGUAAGGGGGCUGAAAGACGGUGCUGAUGGUAAGCUAAUAGCACCAGGACUGCUGAGAUAGAAAAUUAAGAUGAAAAGGUUGGAAAGUGGGAGAAAUGGAGAACAAAGAAUGCCAAAAAUAAUGAUGACAAAGAGAAAAAAAAAAGAUGUGCUUAAAAAGUGAACUACUAACAUUUUAAAACUUAUUUUGCUCUUUAACAAUACUAAAGAAGUUCAUAUGUCUUGCAAAAAUAUAUCUUAUCUUCCCAAUAUUUUUAUAGUCUAGUAUUAUAACCUAACCAGAUGUUCUGAUGUAAAAACUAUGGUUCUUUUCACUAAAUAAAUGGCAGUACACAUCUUUUUGUGAAGAAGCUCAAAAUAAUAUUGUCUCUUUAACAUUGGAACAAGUGUAAGUCUCAAAUAAGUAGUAUGUACUGUUUUAUGGGGAUGUCAAUCAAAUGAUUAUUCAAUAUUUUUCACUUUGAAGUGACCUUUCCAUUCCAAAUAUGAUAUAGGUUUAGGAGGUAUUCAAACUUGCAUGUUUAAGAACAGUAAAAGCCUGGGUUUUCUUUAAACACAUAAUGGUAAUUUCAAUCCAGGUAAUGUUUUAUUUAUACAUUAAUUUCACAGGAUAUUAAUGGUUUAGAUUAUAAAAGCAUGCUAGUAUUUUAUUUCAUGUGUACAUUUGCUCUAACAUACUACUUAAAAGUUGCUUUAUCUAUUUUUCAUUACAAAAUGCCAAUGCUUUGUUAUAUUGUAGUCUGAAGAUGAGAGACCCAGGGCUCGAACUCUCUACUCUUACUGCGCAGUAGCACAAGUGAUCCUACACACAGUGGUGACUAGGCAGCAGUCCUGGGCUGCACUCUGACUUUCAGAGAAGGAGUGAGGUGAAUAAUGGGUGUUGAUGGUGUAACCUCUUCAGCUGUGUUCCUGUACUGCAAUUAAUGUAACCCCAAAUACUGAAUUGCUGAACUAACCAUGCCUGUGUGAAAGAAGAUUAAAUAAACCAAAAAUAAAAAGUAUAUAACAAUGUCA